GUUGGUGAUUGUUAGUAACAUAUUAAAGCUAUAGAAGGAGUAAAAGUUAAAGAGCUUUUUUUAAAAUGCGUCUUUCGAAAUUUUUAACUUUGUUAUUUUGUGUGUACUGUGGAGUUAACCGCAAGGUCUUUGCUAAUUCUGAUUUAAUUGAAAUAUGUAACAAGAAUGGAGCGGGAAGUUGGGGGAUUGAGAGUGAUCCAACUUGUUCUACAUAUGUAUAUUGUUAUAAUAUCGGAAAUGAAUUCAAUUUAGUUGUUAUGACAUGUCGUGGAAAUAAUUAUUUUGAUCCACAAAAUCGCUUGUGUGUAUCAGAUAAAAGUGUUUGCAACAACAAUAAUGUUCAAACUACAAUUACAAAUCAAGAAACCUCAACCCCAGUUCCAAAUAAAAAUAUUUGUGAAGUUGAUGGUUCUCAAACUAAUGUGAAUGAUAACACCUGUAGAACGUAUAUAUAUUGUUUUAAAGCCGCAAACGGAGUACUAACCGAAGUAUUGCUUUCAUGUAACAAUGGUUUUUAUUUCGAUAAUUUAUCCAGACUUUGUACUUCAAGGAAACCUGAAGAAUGUACUGAUUCAGUUAUUGAAAUGAGCACAACACAAGAUUUAGAGACAACAACAAAUACACCAAUACCGAUCUCUUGUGCAGAGUUAGGAGUUGGUGCACAUGCAAAUAAAAAUGAUUCAACAUGCAAGACUUUCUUAUACUGUUUCAAGAACCAAAAUGUUUGGAUGAAUAUAAUUCAAAGCUGCGCCGAAAAGCAAUAUUUUGAUUCUCAGACUCAAACAUGUAGUCCACGUAAGCCCAAUGGUUGUUUAUCUGAUGAAAAUGGUGUUUCAAACAAUGACUAUAACAACAUUAAAGGAUUUCUGGGAGAAGCAUUUAAUAAAUUAAACAUUGUUUUUUUCUUAAACCAAUCAAACUAAUGUUCUAAAAAUAUAUUUUCACUCUAUGUUAAUAUAAUCAAAUGGUUAUAACAAUGGUUUUAAUAGAUGCAGAAAUAUUAAAUAAUUCUUUGAAUAUUAAUAUGA